UGGAUGAGUGACCACCGGUUUGGUUUUUGAUGUUUGAUAACCGGAAAUCUACUUUAGCAUGGUUUAUUUAAAGUUCUUUUAGUUCGCCUCUUGAUUGAAGCAGUCGGUUGGGUUACAUAUUUCUGGUAAAUAAUGGAUGCUGAAGAACAGUUUGCGACUGGAGAUUCCGGCGCGUCAUCUACUUUUCCUAUGCAAUGUUCGGCCUUGCGAAAAAACGGCUUUGUAAUAUUAAAAGGAAGGCCUUGCAAAAUCGUGGAGAUGUCAACUUCUAAAACUGGAAAGCAUGGGCAUGCCAAAGUGCAUAUGGUUGGAAUUGAUAUUUUUUCAAAUAAAAAAUACGAAGAUAUAUGUCCAUCCACUCAUAAUAUGGAUGUUCCACAUGUUAAAAGGGAAGACUAUCAGCUAACUGAUAUAUCUGAUGAUGGCUACCUGACCUUAAUGGCCGAAAAUGGUGACUUACGGGAAGAUUUAAAGGUUCCCGAUGGUGAUCUGGGUACAACAUUGCGCAAUGAUUUUGGCAGUGGCAAGGAUUUAUUGUGCACGGUUCUCAAAUCUUGUGGCGAGGAAUGUGUUAUCGCUAUUAAGAGCAAUACAGCUCUGGAUAAGUAAAACGUAUUUCUCGUUGCUGCAAAUUUACAUACAUAUGUUGCAUUUACAUCUAAAGUAAAUCUGAUCAAAGAUGCUGUUAUAGGCUAGUUGACUCACCAUCUUUAAAAUACUUCGAAGGAUUUUUAAAAUAUGAUUACAGUUAAAGCUAAAUUUUCAAAGCAUCAAGAUUAAAAAUAUAUAAGCAACAAAGUACGCGUUUGCCAAUAAAA